UUCAAGUAGAUACGACUGUGGCUUGAUUGCCAAUGUAAAACAUGGCGGCUAAGCAAGUUAUGGCGGGAAUAUUUAAAAUAUGGUUUUACGGAACAGCGGGUAUAUUUUUGCAGAUUUCGUUCCUGCGAGAACGGGAAGAUUAAGGUAUUAUACACAAAAUAAAAAUCUAUAUAAAAGAACAAUAAAUUUAGUCACACUGCGGUGAGGUGAAACAGCUACAUUCUAGCGUGAACUCUGAAUGAGAAGAAUUUCACCUUAAAUAUUUGUUAAAACUUUAAAAAUGUUGCCGCCAACGCAGAACUUUGAAAGACUUUUAUGCUCAUACAAUUCUCGUUAACUUUCCAAGAUAUUGAAACACCUCAGUGUGAAAUUCAGAGUAAAAAUAUUCGGUGAUGGUUAGUGUGUUUUGUCGUUCUAGUGAAAAUUGCCUCGACAAGUCCCGUAAUCUUUACGAUAUUUUGCCGACAUCGCAUUUCUUUCUUUUUUCCGCUGCACUCCAAUUCCGUUCUGUGAAUUACUGACUUUAAGCCGCUGAAACACGUGAUUCGAGUUCGAUUCUUGGGAAUCCCGUUUAAGGGGGUCAAUAAAAACUAAAUUUCUUCGAAAAGUUUACUCAAAACAGCGACAAAUAAUCAACUUAAGUUCUAAGAAAUACGAAAUAAAAAUAUAUUUAAGCAUCCGUUGUCUCUGUUGAUGGAAACUUCACCUUCACCUAGGAUUAAGGUAGCGAUGAAAAUGCAAAAGUACUUUUCUUUUUGGUUGCUUGUAAUCUGGUCUCAAUGUUAUGCUGUGGAAUCUCUUCCAACACCACGAACAGAAACUUUUUCCAGAGUUACGCCAUCCCUUAAAUGUCGAAAUAGAUACAAGCUGAGAGCUUAUGUGGACAUACACAGCAACACUACAGCAAUCACUGAACGACGUAUGGCUUACUCUUACGAUAUCAUGACCUGUAUACCAAAAUAUAAAAAUGUUUAUUGUCUAAAAUCAACACCAGCUGAUUGGACAUCACAGCCAUGCAAAAUAAAGGGAACAAUAGUGAAAUGCUCUGUCUUUCAUGAGUUUGAAAACUUCAAUGAUUUUUUCAAUUGGAAACUUCAAACAGUUGCCAUUAAAAUACGAGGUCGUAAUGAUGACGGAAGAACGGAACUGCUAACUCAUUAUAGAGCCGUCACCCCUGUUUUUGUUUGUCCAGAUAUCCAGCAAAUACAAUCUACAGCUGACAUGUUUGUAAAGAAGAAGAAGAAUGGUUUAAUCAUUCAAGCUAAAAAGUAAUUUAACCUUCGACAAUCCAAUGAAUUUUUUUCGCGUUAUUUUAGGCUCAAUAUAUAUUUUUUAUAUACGUCUUUCAAAUUGACAUUCUGCAUUUUUGAUUCUAUGUGUUCUGUUGCAACAGAAGGGCACCAUUUUUAACUAUGUGACCUCUAAUAUAAAGAUUAUAAAGGAAACAAUAUGCGAAUAAUCUCACAAAAUUGCUCAUGUUUUGGACAUAGCGACUUUUUCUUUCCAAUACUUAAAGUUUUGAUUUUAGUACGUGUUGAGAGUAAAAUUCAUCAGAUUCGAGGAUACUUUUUAAUUGCGGUUUAUAUGACUAUCAAGAGAUUCACCACAGAACAACAGAUUUUAAACAAUUUUUAACUGCUUAUCUUUUUAGAUUUAUAUUUUACGUCAUUUUCAACUAAUUUUAGUUUAUAUAUAACGUUUUAUCAAGGAGUGGUUUUAUGCACUAUUAACAAGUUUAUUCACAUUUUAAUACAAUAUAUCACUAUUUUAAUUGGACUCGUAUUUUGAAUUUAACCAGAAACAUUCAAUAGAAAAAAUUCCCCUGUUGUGACUAGUCUAUAAAUUAUAAAUUUGGCUUUACUGAAAACCUGAUUCCUUCUCUUAGUUAAAAGUUUAAUUGCUAUGGCAAUGAUUGGUAAUAUUCAUAAUGGCGGUUUGUUUAAGUUUCAACCAAUACUUUAUGUCUGGUAAUUUGAACAACGUCGUUCACACACUACUGGUCGAACAUAUACCCGCUUAUUGCAUCUAUAUGCACUUCAACGCCCAAACGUUCGCCAAACUUGUAUUGAAUGAUAUAAUUGAAUGCCACUUGGAAAUUAUGUAAAAGUUAGGACGAGAUUUUAUAUAACUUUACAAGUAUUGCAAAACAUUGCAGUAAUAUUGUUCGUGGAAGCCCUUUUAAAAAUACGUUUUUCGUUACACUGCUCUCAGAACGCUCAAAAACUUUAAAUUUCAAAGUAAUGCCACCAUUCAGUCACAGUCUGCAAAAUGUUUAGGAGUGUAUUGUUCGGUAAAUUAUCAACGUGAGUGAUGCAACGAUGCGAAAGUAAAACAGGUCAUGUAGAAGGAAAAAAACAGGUUUGGGUUGUGCAGAUAAUUCCCUUGAGUUGAAUUUCUUAGAAAUGAUUUGUACAAGUAAAAACAUGUUCAUCUCACCAUGGAGGCAUGAUGCUGCUUGUCGAUAACUUCUCUGUCAUGCGCAAGAAGUACGGAAGCAAAAAGAAAAGAAAAGAAAUGUCGAAGCAAAAAUUCUAUGAUGUUUUUUCUCAUAUAGUGCUAGUAUUUUCACCAUGUCAUAUUUAUCAUAUCCUUUUAGCAAAU